GCAUCUGUUACCCGUAGACCGCAAACGCGCGCGGUUUCAUGAGGACCUCAUCAUUGUUCCAACUGUGCUUGAGAGGCCGAAAAAAGAACUCAUUUGUCAAGCCACUGUGGGAUCACUGUAAAUAUGAGCUGAUGAAUCGUACAUGCUGUGCAGCAAAGAGACUUCCAUGCUCCCUUGCUGCCGACCUUCUCUGGCGCUGUAUAUGAUAAGUAGAACAUUGAGAUCAGGAAUCGGACCCCGUCCCUUCUACGUCCAUCAUCUGGAGCUCGCCGUUUGGUCACAGUCAAUAUGCCCGCAAGCAUUUUUGUCAACGUUCUUGUGCCAACGCUACAGGCCAACGCCGAGAUCUUCAUCACAACGCUCAGCGGGGCCCUGCUAGGAAGAAUUGGAGUCUUGACAUCCGACCUGCAAAAGGGCCUGGCAAAAGUCAGCUUUUGGCUUCUCACCCCAGCUCUCAUAUUUUCUAAGAUUGCCUCGACUGUAGACUCUCAGCGGUUUAUCUCACUAUGGCCCAUUCCCGCCCUCUUUGUCUUCAGCUCCCUCAUUUCCUACGCACUGUCGUUGAUCGGAUGCCGAUUUCUGCGCGUCAGUCUUCAGAACCAACGUUUCAUCACGGCGGCAAUCGUAUUUACCAACACCGUUACAAUCCCGGUGCCGAUCAUCACCGCCUUGACACCAUUUACGCCGCUCCUUGUUCUCGCAGGCCAGACUCCGGCGGACGCCAUCUCGAGCGGCGUCAGCAUGGCCUUAUUUUUCACACUCUUUUCCCACGUGUUUCGCUGGAGCAUUGGCUAUCGUUUACUGGAUGCUCCCGCAGAGAAGGCCAUGCAAAAGUUGAAGGACGAUCCGGAGAUGAAUUCCACUCUCGAAGGUCAAGAACUCAAACCUCGAGGUGUCGAUCGGAACGAAAUCGAACUUUACAAGAAAGGGUUUGACGUUGUUCCGGAAGCUGACAUACAGGCGACGAGCCAGCUCGCGCGUGCGAGCUUGACGGGGAGGUAUCCCGAGAACCUCCCAUUCCUCACCAACCACUCCGAUGAGUCGCCUGCGUCUGUGCCCGGCGGCAACUCGCUGGGUCGCCCACUGCCCAUUCAUCCGCCGGUGGCACGGCGCAUUUCGGACGCAUGGACGGGGAGUCGUCGAGGGUCAGCUGAUGACAUCGAAAGCGUUGCGUUGAUAAACAGGGAAGAGAUGAAAAAAGCCGACGAACAAAGCAGCGCUCCGCCGGAGUCAACGGAACCGGCGGCCGCACCAGGACCGGGGUCCAUAUUCAAAAAGAUUGUAUUGAAAUUCUGCGAUUUCAUGAACCCACCCUUCCUCUCGGCUCUUGUCGCAUUGUUUAUUGGAUUCCACCCAUCGUUGCAAACUUUUUUCUUCAAGAAGGCAGGCUCUUCGAUUGGUGCUAGCCUAACGUCCGUCGGUGAGACGUCCAUCCCUUUCCAACUGAUCCAGCUCGGCGGACGCCUGCAACGCGGCCCAACUAGAGAUUCCACGACGACUAUGCCGAACAGGGCGAUCGCGUUUGUUGUAUUCUGCCGCUUGGUUCUCGGCCCACUGAUCGGACUCGCAUUCGUUGGCCUGCUCACGAUCGCCAAGAUUGCGCCAAAAGACCCAAUGCUCAUUUUCGUCCUCCUCAUGGAGUCUAGUACUCCACCCGCUUUGAACCUUGCCGUCAUCGCCGAGCUCCACGGCAUGGGAGAAAAAGAUAUUGCAAACCUCCUGUUCUGGAACUACGCUAUCGCAAUACCCGGCGCGGUGCUCACGGUGCUGCUUUAUCUGGUCCUCAUCCCAUCGUUUGUACGAUGAGAUGACGGACGGGCCACAUCAGUUUAUUUUGACAUUUUCGUUAUAGUAUGAAGUUUUCCAUUGCCGAGCUUCGUUGUCAUUUUUACAAUUGAUUUCAAUGACGAAGGCGCUAAUGUAGAUAUCGCUUAGGCCCUCUUCGGUCUUGUUAUGUUUCGAUCUUGUUCACUGAGUAUGAAUUGUACCGCAAGGUAGUCAGCUAAGAGACUAUACAAUUCCUCUGUGAACAAGGUUCUUACAACCCUAAAUUCUAUCGUAUGGUUUGUGCUAUGGUGUCUGCGCUC